GGCCGUUUCUUACUUCCUUUUGUUUUCAAAGCAAAAGUAACAUAGGAGUAGUAUAUAAAGUGAAUUGGUAACCCUGAUUUAUCAUUCGCAGUUAGCUUGUGAAACAAAUAAUAACUAAACAAAAUGGCUUCUAAGUUCGUCAUUGUUGCUCUGCUGGUGGCGGCUGCUCAAGGCAGCGCUAUCCAUGGUGACUACACCAGCUUCUCAUACGGUGUGUCCGACCCCCACACCGGUGACGUGAAGAGCCAGCACGAGACCCGCGUCGGAGACAGCGUGGUGGGCCAGUACUCGCUCCUCGAGUCUGACGGCACCAAGCGUACCGUCGACUACGCCGCUGACGCUCACUCUGGAUUCAACGCCGUCGUCCGCAAAGACCCCGCUCUCUACGCCCACGCCGCUCCCGUCGUAGCUCACGCCGCUCCCGUCGCCUACGCCGCUCCCCUCGCCCACGGCUACGCCGCCGCUCCCGUAGCUCACGGCUACUCCCACGGUGUGACCACCUACGGCGCUGUCGCCGCUCCCCUGGCUCACGGUGCCGUAGCUUACGGUGCUCACGCUGCUCCCCUCGCCUACAGCGCUGGAGUGUACGGUGCUCACGUAGCUCCCCUCGCUCAUGGUGCCAUCGCCUACGGUGCCCAUGGCGCUCACGGUCUCUACGGCGCCCACCUGUACUAAAUUAUGUUAAGAAAUAUUUAAUUUAUUUUGAAACGAAUAAUGAACGAAUGAAAUAAGCUGUGAUCGAAUAAAUUUUUCGAAAAUACUAAA